AUGCCUAAAGCAGCAGUGGAAAGAUAUUCCUUUAUCGAGAUUCCAGCAACUUCAGAAUCAAAUCAUUUACAAAUUCCGACGAGUAACGAUGAUCUCCUAACGAAAAAUUACGAACCGUAUCCACCGGAACAUGGUGCACAAGGUCGUAUCCGUUUUCUUGAACCAAACCAGUAUCCGCAGCCAUCGAGAACACCGCGAAACAUACCAUCGCUUGAAAGUCUGGAAAUGACCUCUUUCGAAACCAUGGGUGAUUUGCAUCAAGAUGGUCCGAAUUCGGUUAGUCGCGGCCUUCAAACAGAUAUCAAUUCCGCAUCCGUCAUCGAUUGGGUCAUCGCCCAAAAGAGUUCUUCAACCGCUGAUAGAAACAUGCCCAAACAGCGCACACAUUAUGUAUACCGCAAUGAUCCACUGGAAGAAGUCGGUGCCGACAAAGCUCGCGUUCGAGUUGUUGUUCGUGUUCGACCGAUGAACAGUCGUGAAUUAGAAAGAAAUGAUCGAACUAUAAUACAAAUGGAAAAUGAUUGUUCACUUAUGGUUCAAGGUGCGCAACAUAACCGACGGUUUACAUUUGAUAGUAUUUUUCGAAAUGAUUCAACCCAAGAAGAUAUUUUUCAAAACAGCGGAAUCAAACGUCUCGUUGACAUGUCGAUCGAAGGUUAUAUUACAACAUGUUUUGCAUAUGGUCAAACAGGUAGCGGAAAAACACAUACAAUGAUCGGUCCCGGAGGUGCAAGUGUUUUUCGUAUGGAUGAAAACUACCGCAUAAAGCAUUUCGGAUUAGUUCCACGAGCAAUCAAUUAUCUGUUUCAACGUUUACGAGAGAAAUCUCAAGAAAGCCAUUCUCCUUACUAUAUUCGUGUAUCCUAUUGUGAAAUUUACAAUGAACAAAUUCAUGAUUUGAUCAAUCCAGCUCAUACGCAAGGCCUACAAGUUCGUGGCUCUGUUGAAGAUGGAUUUUAUGUCGAAAAUCUCUUUCAAACGUACAUUGAAACUAUGGAUGAACUAUUAACAAUACUUGAAGAAGGCGAAUUAAAUCGCGCAAUGGCGUCACAUAAUCUUAAUGAUACAUCCAGUCGCAGUCACGCAAUGCUUUCCAUUCAAGUCGAACAGGAUAUAACCGAAUCGGAAAAUUCUACUGAGCAAAUGACUCGACAGGGAAAAUUGAUUUUCAUUGACUUAGCCGGCAGCGAAAAGGUUAAAGUAAGUUUAUCGAAAGGUAAACAAUUAACUGAAACGAACAAUAUCAAUAAAAGUCUGCUGACAUUGGGUACGUGCAUAUCAGCCCUCAGCGAUCCUGUUAAACGUGCCGGUCAUAUCCCUUAUCGAGAUUCGAAGUUAACUCGUUUAUUAGCUGACAGUCUAGGUGGUCAUGGUAUCACUUUGAUGAUUGCCUGUGUAUCUCCAUCAAAUUCGUGUGAAAGUGAAACACUGAGUACGUUACGUUAUGCAAAUCGUGCAAAGAAUAUCGAAAAUGCGCCGAUCGUCAAAACUGACUCGAAAGAAAACGUUAUCAACCGUUUGAAACGUGAAGUACGCAAAUUGAAAGAUGAAAAUUACGAACUAAGACAAAAACUCGGCUCGCAAUCCACUGUUUUACCAAAACUCAAACUUCGACACACCGAUUCAGGUUCUCAAUCAUCAAUGCGAUCAUCGGCCAGUAGCGAUGUGUAUGACAGUCGUCAAGACAAUGGAGACCGACUGAGCGGAACAACGACAAGAAGAAUUCGCACUGAUCAUGAACUGUUAACACGAGAGAACGAAAAACUCGUCAGAAAACUUGAUCAAGUUAUGAGAGAACAACAAGCACAACCCGGUGGAAAACAAAAUCUUAUACACGAACAAGAAAGUAAUCCACCGGAUAAUCAUUACGUUGGAAAAAAUGCUCGUGAAUCAGAUGAAGAAAUGAUGCAGUUGACUCGUCGACCAUCUUAUACAUCAAGAUAUCGAAAUAUUCGCGAUAAAAAUCAAGGUGAAACAGCGCCGCAACGACGCACAACCAAUAUGAAUCGGCGUGGACUUGAUACGGCUGCUGUUGACGUUCGUCGGUAA